GUAAAGACCUCAAAGCAAGUCAAAGUGAAGAUAUUGGAAAGAUUGUAGAUGAAAGUGGUGAAAAGUUUACAAAAGACAUUCCAAGUAUGAAAGAGAUACAUAGACAGCAGGCAAAGCUAGUCGACCAGCUUUUGGUUAAGUCACCAACGGAAAUCAAAAAUGCUAAAGAUACAAUAUCAGACUCUAAACCUUUGAAAGAAAACAAAUUUUUAAAUAUCAAAAGUGACGUUGGUGCCACUGAUAAAAGUAUUCAGUCUACGAUAGUGAAAGUUCUCACAUCUGACAUCAAAAGUGACGAACGUCCAAAACCGAUAUUUUCUGAUACAAUUGUAGAUAGAGCAACCGCUAACGAAAGCGAUACAUUAUAUGUAGUCCCUGAUACGUUUGGUGACUUUCUAGAUAUAGAGUCAGAUGAUUCAUUCAGUAUAGAUGUAGGUGCAGUUGAUGAAAUGUCAGAUAGUUACACACUAGCUGAUGUCUUAGUUAUAGAAGUAGAUGUUGAAAUCAUUGACAUAACAGAAUCAGACGACGAAAUUGUAGAUUUCGAACCAAUAGCUCUCCAAGAUGAUCAAGAUGAAGCAAUUGACAUAUUAACAGAAUCAGAUGACGAUAUUGUAGACUUCAAAGCAAUAGCUCUCCAAGAUCAAGAAGGAGUCGACAUAACAGCAGCCAGGAAUGACAUUGAUGAUACAUAUAUAACAUACAACGAUAUUGUUGACGAUGAUGAUAACCUGUUUGGUAUCAUGGACAUCUAUAUAAAGAGUGAUCUACACGUCGACUUACAGAUCAUACCAACAUCAGCCGAGCACUGUGAUAAGAGGAAAGACUUUGGAUAUAAAUUCUUUUCAUUUUCAACAUUCUUUAAAUGAUAUAAUAAAGAUUAGAAAAUGUG